AAUUAAUCAUCGUUGGUCUAUGUUUGCGUCCAUCUUUCUAAUUAAAUUGUGACUUAUAGUGAACAACAUUUUCUGGUCGGUUGGUUGUUUCAAAUCUCGUUAAUUAAAAGGUUUCCCUCAUUAUUGAAAUUAAACAAUGGUGAAAAUUGCUCUCAAAGUGAAAGCAAAUCUUGAGAAUGUCACCAAUCUGAAACCAGCUAAUGAUGAUUUCGAAUGGACAAUCAAGAUUAAGUGUAACAACUGUAACGAAUCUUCAGACAAAUGGCAUAGCCUAACAAUCAAGGAAACAUACGAAUUAAAAGGUGGACGUGGUGACGCUCAUUUCGUUUACAAAUGUAAAUUUUGUUCUAAUCAAUCAUCGAUAUUGAUUCUACCUGAAACUAUCCAAAGUUAUUCUGAUGAUGAUAGUCCGAAAUUAAAGACUAUGGUUGUAUUUGAUUGUCGAGGAAUCGAACCGAUUGAGUAUCAACCAAGAGAUGGUUUCGUUUGUCAAGGAAUUGAAAGUGGUCGCGUUUUCUCAUCGGUUGAAUUUCAAGACAAUGAAUGGGUCGAUUACGAUGAUAAAGCUAAUCAAUCAGUGGGAAUUUACGAAUUUGAGUCAAAAUUUGAACGAAGUUAAACAUCUUGAAAGAGAAAACCCAAACAAUUAAAAUUGAAUAACAACUAAUAAGAGAAAACAAAAUACUGAAUAACAUGAAAGAAAAACUUUGAAAUGUAUAAAUAAAUUCGAGAGUUUUAGUUUUUA